AGCAGAACGCGUUUGAAACGUUUUCCUGAGUAAAAAGGCUAAGAAAACGCGGCCAUGGAUACCUCUGGUGGUCGCCGCCUUGCACUGUCAUCAGAAUGGUGAGACUCUCGCGUUCUGCCGAGUUACAUCGCAGGAACGACUAGUGCUUGACGCGUUUCGGGGGGUUAGAUGAACGUGGGUUUUUUCGGCCUCGCGUGAUGAAGAGUGUUGGCCACUUAUGUAAGACCUGUGGAGAGGGGCGAGUGCGUCCUUUCCAGUGUUCCUUGGACCAGGCAGUUGUGAGAUGUGACAAUGCAGACUGUGAUUCAUAUUUGGAGAUUCCGCCAUGGGACUGUGUAAUCAAGCAGACUAUUACUCCUCAUAAAAAGAGGCAAUCAAUCUUUUCAGGUAAUCAGCAUUACAGGGCCUGGAGCUGCAGUAGUAGUGGCGCCUUAUCAGACUUUCGAAGCCCAGUGGAAAGUCUUGGGGAGCCCUGUUACUCUAGGACAGAUAGGUCACACAAUCUUCUGCCAAAGGAAAACAAAUAUAGCAAGUCAGUCCCAACUGAUGUCAUCCAGACCUCAGAAACUGAGGAGGACCAUUGGAACACAGACAGCUCAGAAACGUUUUUCAACCUCUUGUAUGAUCUUGACUUGGAAUCUGCACUGCCAAAGACAAGAAACAAAGCCACAUCUGUGCUACCUCAGGGAAAUAGUUUGGACCUGGAUGUUGUAAAUGCCGAUCUGGAGUCAUGGAUGGAAACGUUUGACUGCAACACUAAUGAUAACAAUGGUAAGCUAAGUGGCAAAGAUGGUAAUCUUAGCAAAGAACAAGAUCAGACAUUAAUCUGUGAACAAGAGUCUUUUAUUUCACAAACUUUAUCUGAACUUUUAUUUGAAAACCAAAGUGGUAACAGUGAUUGUUUUGAAGGACAGAGCUCUAAUAUUUGUGUCAAUAAUAACAGCUCAAGUGAUAGAUCCAGCCAUGUUAAAGAGGACAGGGCUUUGUGUGACAAGCAAUUCAUGUCACCAGCAGCUUCUGCAGCAAGUGAUGAUAGUGGCUAUGAUGAUGAGGCAAACAAAAUAAAGAGUGUAGUUUUACCAGCUGUGGAGGAAGAAAACUUUGAGCAUUUGUUGAGAGAACAUCUAGAAACCCCAAAAGAUAAAGCAGCUAGAUCAAUCCAUAGUUCCAUGAGUUACAAUUUUGAGGAUCUUCUUUGUGAAGAAAAUAAAGGUCCAGCUCCUCCUGAUGUGUUAAAUUUUAAUGUGCAUCCAGUAAUGGUUACUGUAGAAAAGUGUGGUAAUGUUGAUGAGGUUGAACCUCAGAGAGGAACAGACACUAGUAGUUCUGUAGUGAGAAGUCAAGAUACAGAAAGUGAUGACAAACCUUCCAGAGAUAUAACAAGUGAAUUACAUGAGACUUUGAAUUGCUUUGAAGCCACUUCUGUAAAGGAUUGUGGUGCCAGUGCAUCAGAUUCCAGUAGUAGUGAAAAAGAAUGUCAUACUGUUCAGUCAGUUCCAGGCAGCCUCAGUAGUAUAAUAGGGAUUAAUAUAGAAGCAAAUGCUGAUCAGCCUUCUGUAAAUACUUGUGAGAGUGAAAAUAUAAGUAGUGAUAUAUCUAGUCAAAACAUAACUGUGUUAACUGCUGAUGCUGUAGAAGAUGUGAGUGAGAUUUGUACUUCUGAGCUUACCACAGAUGGCCUUUCAACUAAUUUUGAUACCAGUAAUGAACAGCACCAUGUUAGGGGUAAACAAGAGACCCAAAGAAGUGAUGAGACUGUCAGAGUACAGAGUGAGGACAGAGCUGAAGAUGACCUUACACUGAAGAGUAGCAGCAGUGAAGCAAGAGGUAAGGGAAGUCGAGGUCAAGGAAGAGGUACAAGAAAACCAAAGGUAAACCUCAAAGUUGUGCCUCGCCAAACGCGUCAGCGCACAGGGACCAUUGAAGUGCAGGCACCAAGAACUAACAAAAGACCAUCAGAUGAAAUUUCUUCAGAGGACCUCAGCAGUACUGGUCUUCGCAGCAGUUUGUCAUCCUUGCUUCAAGGGGCAAACCAGUACCGUUACGAUGACAGAAGAAAGGAUUCCCACAAUAUUACAAAUUUGAGUUUUCGCAGUUUGCUGAAAGGUCCUGUUGCUGAAGAUCCAUGGUCAGUACCUGAGUGGCAUCUGGAAGGUCUGGACAUCGAAAUCAUCGUUCAAGGUGUGCGUCCAAAGUCCCAUAAGAGUGAGUCCAGUGAGAGCCCAGACAAAGAGAAUGGUCAGAGAACAGAGGACCGAGCUGCCAAAUCAGAUGAUAGUGAGAAGAACAUUGAAGAGGUGACGGAUAUAGGAGAUGGGAAACCUUGUUCUAGUUUGUCAUCUAGCAGAACAAGUACAUUGGGUGAUGCUGAAGAGGAACAGGUGCUAAAUGAGAAAUUGCAAGGAGUGAGUGUUUCUGAUAAUAGCAAAAAUGUUAUUCACAAAGGAGAUUGUGCAAUAGAUUGUGAAAAUCAAUCAGGAUACUCAUGUGAGGAAAAACAGAGAGUUGAAAGAACAGUAAAAAUUAACAGUAUAUCCUGUCCCAUGAGUUUAUCAAAUCAUUCUCUGGAGGAUAGUAGUGUUAAUGCUAGUAUUGAAGGGAAAAAUCCUAGGUCAUUAGGUGAAAAUGAAUCCAAACAGGACAGCUGCCAGUCACACACUUCCACAAAAUCAUCCAUAUCCAGUUCUCAGAGUGAAAAUCCAAAUGUAUGUACAUCACUACAGGAACUUAAUCCAAAUGUCAUACCAGAAGUGAAUUUGUAUGUUUCUGAUGACUUUAAAAAGGAUCUUGGUUCUUUAGGUGAGAAGCUAGAAUGUAAUACACACAGUGAGAAAAAAUUAGAGAGCCAAGCAUUUGAUAUUAGUAACAGACUUCUGGUUGUGGAAACUUCAUUGGACAAGAAUAGUGAAGUUAUAAGUGGUGCUAAAAAAGACAAUUUAGAUAUUCUCAGUAAUGAUAAGGAAGAAAGGUACAGUAGUGUAUCAAUAUGUAGUGAGACCCCUGCUACAUCUGGUGACCUUAGUAUUGAUAUGAAUGAGAGUGUUAGCAAUGUAGAGUCCUUGAAUACAUUUUUUCCUUCUACAUUAAGAGACACAGUCAAGGAAAAAAAUGUGGAAGCUUCUAGCAUCUCUGAAUCAACUAAGAAUAACCAAGACAGUAAAAGAACUGAUAAUUGUACACUCUAUGCUACUGAUAAUUCUGAAAAUAGUGUUAGAAAAAUAGAUGCAUGCAGUGAUAAAUUUGAAUACCUUGAAAAUCUUUUGAGAUCAUUUGAAUCAAAUGUUCAAGUGGUAACAGAAAGCAAGAAAUUUGAUGAAAAGGUUGCUUCUGAUUUUCCAAAGACUAAAGAACCCAGUAGCACAGUAUUCGUGGAAAAUUCUGUAGGUAGUACAAAUAGCAAAGCUAAAUUGCAGUCCCACAAAGCACAGGAAGUUCCUAAUAGUGUAAACUUAGAUUGUGGUGUUCCUGAACAUCAAAAUAUAAUGCAUAUAGAGGCAGUUGCAAGCCCUUCAGAUGAACUGGAGGAUGGUGAUAGAUUACUGCUAUGUGAAGACAGUGAGGAACCCAACUUGUCUCCUCCAGCUGUAGAGAACUCACCCAGUACCAGUCCUCAUUACUUCAUGGUAUUGCCAGACCAUGGAGAGGUCCGAACAUGGAUGGGGUUUAAGAAAGCAGUGAACUCUGAUGGCUAAAGACCUAAAAAGAUCAUCCAAAGAGUUGCCUAGUACAUACUUCAAUACCUUGUUAAAAGAUCUUAACUUUGAUGAAACCUUUUUCCAUUGUCCAGUGAAAGAACAACCUGAGAGUACAUUUGCUGAACAUCUUUCCAGUUCUCUGUUUUUUGGAGAAACUGCAGAUACUUCUCUCAUACAUCCUGUGCAGGGUGCAUUUUGUCACUCCAGAAGACAGGGAGAUUGUACUAACAAAUCGCCCAGUGAAAAGGAGUAUGAGUUGAACAAUAUAUCAGGAGAUAAAAGUAAAGAUUUACAAAAUGUUGAAAUAAAGCAAAGUGUGACCUGUCUGCUUGCAAAUAAUAAUGCUAUUACCAAGCAAAGUGUUUCUGAAACAAAGGCAAUGGUCUUACCUUAUACAAAUAAUGCUAACACUAAGCAAAGUGUGUCUGAAACAAGGGCAGUGGUCCUACCUUAUACAGAUAAUGCUAACAUGAAGCAAAGUGUAUCUAAAACAAUGGCUGUUGCCAUUUUAUGUAAAAGCAAUGUUAACACUAAACUAAAUGUGUCUGAGACAUUGGCUGUGUCCCCUCUGGUAACAAGUAGUGAUCUUACAUCAAAGAAGCCAAAUGUGAAUGAAAGUUGUUCCAAGCUGAUAAACGAAGACCUGUGUAUUUUUGAAGAAGGCAGGGAGCUAAAUAAAUCAAAAAGAAAAGGUGAUUUUUGUGAUGGAAAAGUUAAGUUACCAUCCAAAUUAGAGUCAGAGAACAUUUUACUCAAUCCCAAGACAAGAUGUUCUACCAACAGUAAACUGUUUGAGAUAGUACAACAUUCAAGUGCCUCUUCCCUGUCUGCAAACAAUAUUAAAGCAAGCACAUUUUCAGAAAAGCUUGGUGCCACGCAGAACUGCAAACUAAAGGAAGUUAGCAAGAAGAGGAAACUAUCAGAUAGUGAACUCGAGGAUACCAAAAGAUCAUUGAAAAGCACUAACCAGGCCAGUAUGGAGGGAGUACAUUUAUUUGAGAAGGAAGAUUUUUUUACAGUUGUUAAAACAGAGCAAAGCGAGACUUUGGGGAAGGUAUGUCUUGAGAAUAACCUUAUUGUCAGUGUAAAGGAAGAGUGUAUAAGUGAAAAUGAUGAGGAGAUGCCCAUUGUCUCAUUAGAUGAUGAUGAUAUUCAAAUAAUUGUCCCAGAAAAGAAAUGCAAAGUGGAGAAAGAUGAUAUCAGUGUACGAUGUGAUACAAUAAAGAAAGAAAAUAAGGUGGAAGAUUUCUCUGCUGAUAUUGAUUUAGGUUAUGCUGCUCAAAUUGAAGAUGCAGAGCCUAAGAUUAGAGCAGAAAAUUUACCCAUAAAAGGAAGUCUAUCUUCCAAUAACUGUGAUAUGUUACCUGAAAAAAGAGAUUCUUACAGUAAUGAGUCCAGUGAAACCGAAGAGGAUAAUUUUCUCACUUGUGGUAUCCUGGAUAACUCCAUUCCACAUGACAAAAAGUGUUAUAGCCCGAGAAUGAAAGUUUUUGUAGACUUUGAAGAUAACUUUGAAGAAGGAGAAAUACCCAGUUCGCUGAAAGUGUAUUAUGGCACAAGGAAAAGAAAUUAUGAAAUUUGCAAGGAUUUGAACAUAGAUUUUGAUCUAAGUGAAAGUGCACGUAAAAACUCUGAUGAACUCACUGCUAGUGUCUUAAGCCCAAGUCAUGUGUCACGCACAGAUACAUUCACUUACAAUCUUGGCUUUGGUUGCACAAAAUUUAGUCCACAGCAUGAUGAAACUGAUUCUGUUAAAGAUGAAAGUGUGUCAGACUUAGGAGUGCAAGAUUUUGAUGACAUCCCAAGUUUUCUGUCUGAUAGUCCAUCAUCAGAAAGUUCUAUAUCACCUAGUGAUUCCAACUCAGUCCAGUAUUUUGGAAAUAUUAAAUCCACUGGAGAUGAUUGGGAAUCAUCAGGUGUAGAAGGUGGUAAAGGGGAUGAAUCCAAUAUCGAAAUUGGAGUUAGCAAGAGAGGUGUCAUGUAUCAAGCAAGUUUAGAACCAAAAGCAGAAGCUAGUGAAAGUGGAUGGCCAGAAGAAGAGAGUUCAGGUAGUAGUGAAUUUCAUAUGCAAAAUAGUCCUCAACUUGAAAAUACUUCUAGUGAGUCAUCCUUGACCCAUUCAUUAAAUUCCAAACAGAGUAAUAGAAUAGUACCCAUACAUGCUCUAACACAAAUUCCCGAUACAAAGCAAGAAAGUAGGUGUGAUGUUGACACACCAACAGAAAAGCAGCUAAAGCGAGAUGCCCAUGUCUUGAUACUGCCCAAAAAUAACUCUUGUCACAUUCCAGUAGUUCCUGCAGUACCCAUUAAAAAAGCAGUCAGCAAUGAUCUACCCAUUCCUAUGUUAGGCUUUUCAACCUCGUCCUCAGGUACUUCUUAUCAUUCAUUAAACCCAAGUACUACCAGUGUUGCUCUUAAUCCAUUGACUCAUAGCAGUUUGGGUCAGAACAUUUGCAGUAAAAAUACAGAACUGACACAAGUAGGCCAUGGUCAUCAGGAUCUAAGGCCACCCUUACAUCAUACUCCAAUUCAGGCUCCAGGGAACUUGGUUAAUUCAGAACCAAGUACAUUGCCAAGUAUCCCAGUAUCUCAGGUAUUUGAUUGUACAAACAACAGCAGCAUUUUUGGCUCUCCUCAUAUGCUUGGAAUGGCCAAUAGAAAUCCAAACAUUGAUUACAAAAUACCACAGCAGUCUACAAGACCAAUCAUUGUUCCACCUGCAUUAGCCUCUUCCUACAAAAAUGACUUCUUGCAAGAGAGAGAGAUAAGUGGGGCUCCAUACCAGGCUGUUUCACAUAGGCAGCCAUCUGAGAGAAUCAUUGCUGUAACGAGACAGACUUCAGCUGGGCCAGUAACACGGUUGCUAAGAGUCAGCACCCAGGCUGAGAGAGGCAGUGAUGCCUUGCAAGAUAAGAGCAUUGUUGGUGAAAGAUCUGGUAGCAAAGUCAUAGACAAAAAGCCAUCUGCAACACACUGUAACAGUGAAGAGAAAAAGCUUGAUCUUCUUCAAAAUAACAUGAUAAAAAAAGUAAAAAUGGGUUCAAAGGGAUCAUUUUAUCUAAGACCUUCUCCUGCACUGAUGAAUGCCAUAGCAGAAUUAAGGAGCAAAGGGAAUUUGCCUGCUGAAAACAAGUCAAAGUUAGACAGAUCCGAUGUCAUUGAAUUGCCUGACGGUAGACCUAUAUCACCCCCCCUUCACAUUCAGUCAAAAGUCAUCCAGAAGAAGAGGAGGAGAAAGAGGAGACAAAUGGACCUAAGAGAACGUCAGAUAAAGAGACUGGCAAGGGAGAAAGUACAAGAGACAAUGGAGAGAAGUAAAAUAGAAGAGGAUAUCCCAGAAAUGGUUGCUGUUUGCCUUGGAGGGAAGCUUCACAUUUACCAUAGAAAAGAUGUUCACUGAAAAGGAAUUUUACUUGUGUGUGAAUAACUCUGUUGUAUUUUAUUCUUGAUAGAAAAACAUAUUCACCUUAGAUAAGUUCAUUUAUUGAUUUAUGAAGAGUAUAGUGAGGAGUGAUUAUUGUGAUUGAAAUAAUACAAGAAUUUAUAAUUUUAUUUAGAGGUUAGUGAACAGAAUUUUUAAUAAAAUGAAAAUACUCA